AUGAGGCGUCGGGGAGAUUUGGCAUACCUCUUGUUGGCAGCAUGGACGGCAAUGGAUCCAGCAGCAUUAGGGCUAGGAUCCCACACGAAAGGGAAGGAUGCUCCAGAAAGGGUCCAGCACCUGGUGCAACAUGGCUCCUGCACCUACACGUUCCUGCUGCCUGAGAUUGGGAGCUGCCGUCCUCCUGCUGCCGAGUACCAGGUCUCGAACUCGCUCCAGAGGGACGCUCCAUCCCUAGCUGAGGCUAAGUGGACAGCGAAGAGGCUUCAACAGCUGGAAAGCAUCCUGGAGAACAACACCCAGUGGCUGCAGAAGCUGGAGAGCUACCUCCAGGAGAGCGUGAGAGCAGAGAUGUCCGACGCCCACCUGAGUGCUGUGCAAAACCACACUGUGGCCAUGUUGGAAAUUGGCACCAGCCUCCUGAACCAAACAGCCGAGCAGGCCCGCAAGCUGACGGGUGUAGAGAUGCAGGUUCUCAAUCAGACCUCCCGGCUGGAAAUCCAAGUGCUGGAGAAUUCUCUGUCCACCAACAAGCUCGAGAAACAGAUGAUGUUGCAAAUGCAAGAGAUAAGCAGAUUCCAAGAGAGGAACAGCUUUCUAGAAAAGAGGAUCCUGGCUAUGGAGGGGAAACAUGAAGGAGAACUUCAGGGACUCCAGUCUGAGAAACUGGAGAUGCAGCAGCUGCUGUCCAAGCAAAUGGACUUCAUUGGGGAUCUGGAGCAGCGACUGGGCAUGGCCUUGCUCAACAACACGGCCCUGCAGAAGCAGCAGACUUCGCUGGUAGAGACCGUGAAGCACCUGACGGGCUUGAGGUCCCAGUGCAACCAUAUUCCCCAUGUGCCCCCAGAGGAGCAGAAGGUCUUCAAGGAUUGUGCGACUGCCUACAAAUCAGGUUUCACUUCCAGCGGAGUCUACGUACUACAGCUUCCCAAUACCACCAUCACCGCUAAAGCAUUUUGUGACAUGGAGACCAGUGGAGGAGGCUGGACGGUGAUCCAGCACCGGAAGGACGGCUCUGUGGAUUUCCAACGCAACUGGAAGGAAUAUAAAAUGGGCUUUGGGUCUCCACAUGGAGAAUAUUGGCUGGGCAAUGAAUUUGUCCAUUUGCUCACGACUCAGGGUUCUUAUUCACUCCAUAUCAGACUCCAAGACUGGGAAAGCAACGAGGUCUAUUCCCUAUAUGACCAUUUCUCCCUAGGCCCUGAGAAACAGAACUACCGGCUUUAUGUGCUGAGGUACAGCGGCACGGCUGGACGCACAAGCAGCCUUAGUCUCUCAGGGAUGGAUUUCAGCACCAAGGACGUUGACAACGACAACUGUCUCUGCAAGUGUGCGCAGUUGCUGAGUGGAGGCUGGUGGUUUGAUGCGUGUGGGCCCUCUAACUUGAAUGGCCUUUAUCACCUGCCCAACCCGACCAGCAACCGGAUGAACGGUAUCAAGUGGCAUUACUGGAAGGGCCCGAACUACAGUCUCAAGAUGACGGUCAUGAUGAUCCGCCCUGUGGAUUUCAGAGAGGAAUAAAGGACCUGCUCA